UAGAAAAUUCUCAGGCAUUUUCUUCGUCGUCGUUUUUCGUUUUCCUUCUAAAAUUAUUAUCCAUUAUGUCUUCUAAUGGAGAAAUUAGUGAAAAAAUUGCUAAAUAUGCUCAAAUUUCAUUAGGAUCUGAUUUGUCAGAUUUUACAAAUAAUGAAAAAAUUGCCUGGAAGGGAAAUGAAUCUUUAUUAGAACAGUUAUUAUCAGCAGCUCCACGCGAUGAAAAUGCUAUAUUGUUUUUUAAUUUAAUGAAAGGACCGUGGGAUAGAGUUGAUGGAA